CGACGUGCAGUUGAUGCCUUCAAGAUCAGGCAAGAAACAUCCGGCCAAUCAGACUGCCGCACGAUUAUUCGUCUUGGCGUCUUGGCGCACCUGACCUCAUUCAAAAAAAUACGUCAACGUUUCUCACACAACCUCCACGAUCAGGACGAUGGGCGAUGUUUCGAUGCGAUCUUGCGCGAUUUUCAUGUCCAGACACAUGAGCACCCGCUGCUCUCUGCCACUUUACUAUGGGGGUGGUGUCGCGGAUCUCCCGUCCCUGGAGAUCGUCCAGGGAUAAAUCGCCCGCCCCGCAAGUCACCGAUGACGAUGCAAACUCAUUCAAAACAAACGAGAAGUCCGAGUUGAAGAUACCCCCGCUCGAAUACGAUCACGAUCCGACCCAGUUCAGCUUCUUCUCCUCCAACUUGGACUCCGCCCGGCGUGCAUCCAGCAUCAGCAGUUUGGAAUCAUCGCACCCGCCCUUCCGCGACCUACUCGAAACGGGCAACCAUGAGGCCAUGUGGUGGUUGGAUGUCGUCUCGCCGUCGAAAGAGGAUAUCGAGGAACUCGCGAAAGCAUUUUCGAUUCACCCGUUGACAACAGAGGAUAUCAAAGAUGGAGAGACGCGGGAGAAAUUUGAACUGUUUGGGAAUUAUUACUUUCUGUCUCUCCGUCCUCCCCAGGAAACGGAUCAGAAAACAUCAUACCUCAACAUGUAUGCGAUUGUCUUCCGUCGGGGCAUCCUGAGCUUCACGUUCGGGACUAGUCCUCACGUGGGAAAUAUCCAGAAUCGAAUGAUGGAGCGCAAUCAGAUUGCCUUGACCAGUGACUGGAUAUGCUAUGCUCUGAUUGAUGACAUCGUCGAUGGAUUCGGACCGUUGAUCGAUCAAGUCGAGCAGAGUAUUGAGAACAUGGAGGAUAACUUUUCCAUUUCCCGACCGGACGAUAUUGGACUGGUCCUCCAGUGGAUUUACCGCUGCCGCAAAGAAAUUACCCGCAUUCGACACAUGCUGCAUGAUAAAAUUGAUGUGAUCAAGUGUUUUGCUCGACACUGUGAGGUCCGCACCUCGACCGACUCCUCGGACGUGAAUCUCUACCUGAGCGAUAUUCAAGAUCACGUCUUGGCCAUGAUGGCCAACCUUGCCCAUUCGGAACAGAUGCUGUCGAGCUCGCAAUCCAAGUGUCUCGGGCAGAUUUCGAUGGACUCAACACGCUCACGAAAUGCGACCGUUGACACCCUCAGCAAACUCAGCGUUAUCGCUAGUAUUCUUGUCCCGAUGCAGCUGAUUACCUUCUUCUUUGCGAUGAAUGUACCCGUUCCUGGGGGUGAGCAUGGAACACAAUGGUGGUAUGUGAUAUUGGGUGUGAUCCUAGGCAUCAUCAUGCUGUCUUUAACCUUUGCAAAAUUCAAGCGAUGGAUAUAAUUUACAUGAAGGGUCGUAAGUGUUCUCAUUCGCUACGCUUGUAAGCCAACAGGUCUGGUCUCGAAUAAUGCCCCACAGUAUCAAUCAUGUGCUUUGCCAGAUGAAUAGCCGAUAAAUCAAUAGUUGCCGUCAAAAUU